AUGCCUUUGACUUGGCGCUUGCGAGGGCGCUCCUUCAAGGCGAGCCAUGGAAUGGCUGCCAGCAAUCGCCAGACUGUUAUUUUUCUACCGGCAUUUUCUCAUACCACACAUAAAAAUUACAUGCGCUUUCUCAGGCCUUCAUUUCCUAGCAAUCUCUGGCGUGGACACCAGCCGCGCUGGAAAAAGAACAUUAAGAACGCCCGAUUGCCGAGUAUGGAGAUUAUUGUUUAUUGCACUGUGCGCGUGGAUGGCUUGGUGGAUGAAUUCGUCUGUGGUUGCGCACGGCUGCAUGAGCCACCCCUUUGCAAAAAGCGGAUGGCGGUGAAUCCCACUACGCGCACAUCGUCCGUCACCGUACUCUGGGAAUAUCACCCGAAGGGAUUUUCGUCCGUACCCACGCCGACCCAGUUCCUUUUUCUUUUUGAUUUCCGAAGUUAA